CCCACAACUCCUCUGGAAAUUGUGACUUCACCCAGCAAGAUUAAUUUUUUUUUCUUAGUGUCUUCCAUAAGUUAAAUUUUUUUUUUUCAACUUUAUACUUGUGCUCUGCAACAGCAGAUUCUGAAUCAUAGUUCAGAAUUUUGCAGAUUUGCAGAUGAUCUUGAAAACACACGGAAUAUACUAGCAUUUACAGAUUCAUAGUUCUUUUUUGAAGUAGGUUUAGUGUAAGAUUAUCCAGGUUCUUAAUUGUGGUUUAACUUUUCUGGAAAAAGAUUUGUAUUUGUGCAUUUUGUAGGCUUAUUGAUCCUUUUGUAAGUUGAGGGUUAAGCUGUUAGUAUUGUCUGGGUUUAAGGGGUUAUUUCUGGGUUUUUGUGAAUGGAGGGAAAAGGAGGUGAUGAAGAUCCGGGGAGCUUUCAGGUGGGUCCCAGCGGUGAAAAUCGGAGCCAGUUGAUUGGAUCAACUGCGGCGGCGACGCCGGCGGCUCCGGCGGCCAGUGUAGCCGGUAAUUCAACAGAUGUGAAGAAGAAGAGGGGAAGGCCAAAGAAGUAUGGGCCAGAUGGUUCAGUAAGGCUGGCAUUGUCUCCAAUGCCCAUAUCAGCUUCCAUUCCUCUUACUGGGGAUUAUUCAGCUUGGAAACAACAACCCACUGUAGGCUCCUUGAAGAAGAAAAAGAAGUUCCUCCUGGAAAAUCAUGGGGAGCGAAUGGCAUACUCUGUUGGUGCAAAUUUUACCCCUCAUGUUAUAACGGUUAAUGCUGGAGAGGAUGUUACUAUGAAAAUCAUUUCAUUUGCUCAACAAGGGUCUAGAGCUAUUUGUGUAUUGGCCGCAAAUGGUGCAAUCUCAAAUGUUACACUUCGACAGCCUAAUUCUUCUGGUGGUACUUUGACCUAUGAGGGGCGCUUUGAAAUUCUUUCUCUAACAGGAUCGUUUAUGCCUAGUGACAAUGGGGUGACAAAAAGCAGAUCUGGCGGGAUGAGCGUCUCUCUAUCAGGCCCUGAUGGUCGAGUUCUAGGCGGAGGACUUUCAGGAAUGUUAGUUGCAGCUGGUUCUGUCCAGGUUGUAGUUGGCAGCUUUCUUCACGGCCACCAGCUAGAGCAGAAACCCAAGAAGCCGAGAUUCGAGCAUACAUCAUCGAUUCACAACCUCGUUUCUUCUAAUCCUGUAUCGGAUGAGAAAAGCGAAGGAGCCUACAGUGGGCAAAGUCCAAAUCCCACUUCUUCUCCUAGCUUCCACGGAGAUAAUUUACACUCUGCAAACUCCAUGCACUUUUCAAGAAUGUCUGCAAUCGGGAAUAACAAUAUUUCUUUGUCGAGGGAGGAACUUCAAGCCCCAAGCCCAUCGAAAUGUGAGGUCUCUUGCUGAUUUCGCUGCCAUUGUAUCAUUGACUGUUUGAGUGUACCCUUUACUCACAACUUUAGGCUCACGUUCCUUUGACCAACAUUACACUUAGUGAUCACUUCUAGUUUGGUAGGAUUGUUGUAGAGAUGAGUGACUUAUAGAUUAGCUUGAAAAUUUUUACUAUCCCUGUAGGUUUGGUAGUAUUUACUACUGCUGUGAUCACCCCAUUCUGGCUGGGUUUCAUUUCAUCUUUUUGUCUGUAGAAACUGGGGGGUUGUAUGAAACCACCUCAACUUUCAUUGUAACACAAAAUAAUUGAAGACUUCUGAAUUCCUUUUCUGUGUCA